UAGAAUUUGCGUCUGAUUCAGAGCGAACUGAAGCGUUAAUUCCGAGGUUGAGGCACGAGUUGAAGCAUGCAUUGUAACGUUUUACGAAAGUGCCUUGAUAGGGAAUGAUAACCUUACUCAUCAAAGCUACACGUCAAAGUAAAGAUAAGUUAUUUUGCCGUUUGCAAAGCAACAUGUCUGAGGAAUUACUACAGAGAGUGAGAGACCUGGAAGGAGAGGUGGGGAGACUGAAAACACAGCUGAGAGAGACGGUCAAGGAAGGAACUGGGGAUGAGAUGGCGGUGUCAACCAACUCUGAUGGAAAGGAUACCAGCAAGCCUGAUGCUGGUGGCAGGAAAAAGGGCAAAAAAGGAAGUCGGGACCGACCGUUUGAUUUCUCUGCUCAUCCUCGGCGCCAUGUUGCGCUCCGCUUAGCCUACCUGGGCUGGGCCUAUCAGGGCUUUGCUGUCCAGGAGAACACAGACAACACUGUGGAAGCCUGGCUCUUCAAGGCUCUUCUGAAGACUCGACUGAUCCAGGAUCGCCAGAGUUCUAACUAUCACCGUUGUGGCCGCACUGACAAAGGAGUCAGUGCCUUUUCCCAGGUCGUGUCCAUAGACUUGCGCUCCACUCAGUUUUGUGGAGGCCUAGGAGUGACUCUCCCGUCCAAUGUCGACGCUGGUGUCAAGAACGAAGUGGACGUGGCGGAGCUACCUUAUGUGAAGAUGCUGAACAGAGUCCUGCCCCAGGACAUCAGGAUCCUCGACUGGUCACCUGCUCCACAGGGCUUCAGUGCGCGCUUCGACUGUCAGUCUAGAACCUACCGGUACUACUUCCCACGCGGGGCUCUGGAUGUACCGUUGAUGGCAGAGGCUGCCAAACGCUACGAGGGCACUCACGACUUCCGCAACCUCUGCAAGAUGGACGUGGGCAACGGAGUGCUGCAGUUCCAGAGGACCAUCCUGUCUGCCACGGUCCAGCCUGUCCAUCAAACCUCCCCUACUACGCCCACUACCACAGACCCAUACGACCUCUUCAUAUUUGAGAUCAAAGGACUGGCCUUCCUCUAUCACCAGGUGCGGUGCAUCAUGGCGGUGCUGCUGCUGAUUGGCCAGAAGCUGGAGCCCCCAGAGAUAGUGGAUCAACUCCUGGAUGUGAAGAAGAAUCCCAGGAAACCCCAAUACAGCAUGGCGGUGGACUUUCCCCUGGUGCUGUUCGACUGCCAUUUUGAGGGGUUGAGCUGGCGCAGGGAGGCUGAGGAGGUGGAACACGCCCUGGCCACGCUGCAGCAACACUGGACCCAGACAGCAGUUAAGACCCAGGUCAUCCACGGCAUGAUCCAAGGCCUAGACAGCACAGGUGGGACCUCCUCUCCCCAUUGCUGGCUGAUGGAAGGUACCAAACAGCGGACCUAUCGGCCCUUGCUUGAGCGUCCACUCUGCGAGAGCCUGGAGUCCAGGAUAGAACACUUUGUGAAAAGAGGCAGGCUUGAACGAGAAGAAGGGGAAAAUGGUGGCGAAACGGUACACAAGGGCAAAAGGUCGAAGCACUCGCAUAAUACCUCCAUUUCGUCUGUCCUCCCCGAUGUGUCGCCGUCUUUCUGACCCCGGGGCCAAUCAGAAACCAUAAGAUUGAUACCUGCUAGAAAAAUCGGACUUAUCAUAUAAUAUUGACUGAAUUCUUAAUGCUGUUAUUUUACUUUUAGAAUAUUUUUUAUGGAAUGGAGAAACAAUUGUAGGUUUUUGUUAUUCUCUGGAAUAAAUCAAUUUGAGAUUUAUCCGAAAGGAUGAAACACAUGGAAUAAACAAGCGUACAGUCAAUAACACAAUAGAAAAAAAGAGUCUAUAUACAGUGUGUGCAAAUGGCGUGAGGAGGUAAGGCAAAUAUGGCGACAAAUAUGCAGCGAGGGCCAGCCAACUAGAGCAUACAGGUCGCAGUGGUGGGUGGUAUAGGUACCGGUUCCCCCUGUAUAUAGCCUCGUUAAUGUUAUUUUAUUGUUACAUUUUAUUUUUUAUUUAGUAAAUAUUUUCUUAACCAAAAAUGCAGUUCAGGAAAUAGAGCUAAGGGCUUGUAAGUAAGCAUUUCACGGUAAGGUUGUAUUCGGCGCAUGGGACUUGAAUGCCUUUUAUGUUAAAGAAUCACAUUCCUUGCAGUUGACAGUGCAUAAGUGAAUGACUUCUUUCAGACCAAAGUGGAGAACCUCUACACUACUUAUGUGGUCCCUUGUGGCUCAGUUUGUAGAGCAUGGCAUUUGCAAUGCCAGGGUUGUGGGUUUGAAUCCCACGGAGGACUAGUACGAAGGAAAAUGUAUGCACUCACUACUCUAAGUCGCUCUGGUUAAGAGCGUCUGUGCUACAUUAUUAAAAUGUAAAUUGCAUCGAGACUGUGUGUCUUUGUGCAGCUAUUUGUUGAGUGAUUCAAAUCUAUAGCCCACUGAUGACUUAUGUCUCAGUGCAGUUUACGUGCCAAAGAUGGUCGUGACAUGUAUACGAUUUCACAAAUGGGUAUUCGUCUGAAAAUGUUACUACUGGAAUAAUUCUAUGUAUGUUUGCUAAAUAUGCAAUGUAGAGGAAAGCUACUAGGUAAUUUGAUCCUAGCCAUGUCCAUUUUUACAAGCAAAGUCUAUGGGGCAUGGGUUACAUAAAAGCUUGAUUGUUGAGAGCCUUUUGAAUUCUUAGAUAUAUUGCACGCUCUUCUCUGUUGAUUCAAACCAACAAGGUAUUUCUUGCUGCAGAAAUAUCCCUGGGUUCUAUCAGUUUUGUAGUCUGGCCAUACACUGCCUGGGUAUCACACUUACUGGAAGUGUUUAGACUGUGAAUUUAGAGCAGAUCAUUUGCGGGUGGAAUUUCCUGAACAAUAAUGUUCAACUAUGUCCUUUACACCACUGUAAUGCGUUUGUUGUUGAUCCGUGGGUUGUGAAAAUGUCGCUGAAUUCAAUGCUUCAAACUGGGAAAUUAGGCUUUGAAGUGAGGAGACGGUUUCCCUUGGUUAGCUCUAAGCUAUUAUGGCAUCCGGAGAAUGCUGAUCCAGUAUUGAGAAUGAUGUAAAUGGGUAACAUUUUAUCCACUGUGUGAAUGGAAAGUAUUCAUACUGUGGAAUUACAGAUGUAUCAUUCUGAAUCAAGUUUUGUUUGUGUCUGAUACUCAUUUAACUACUUCAUAGAAAUAUAAACCCCUUCUGUACUCAUGCCAACCCCUUCCCUAGUCGUGCUAACAGAAAUGUGGAAGUAAUUUGCCUGUAUCUUAAGUGUCAAAUUUAGCUCUGACCGGAAAUGCUCCCUUGUUGAUUUUGUGCCUGAGUGAAAUAUUACAGAACUCAAUCUGUACAUCUGUUUGUUGUUGCCAACAACUGGGAUUUCAAUUGUACUGGAUGGAAAAAUGGGGUCUCUUGACAUAGAAUUGACUAUUGUCAUGUUUUAUUUCAUCAAGAAAUAACCCUUUUUUUUUUACGUUACCUCACUGAUUGCUGUACUUAUUCUGUCUUGGGUUUGACUUGUAUAAGGCUGAAAACAUCUGAAUCUUCUGCCAAAAGGUCAGAUCAAAUUGGUAUUACAAGGAGAACAUUUUUGAAAUGUGUGUCCAAUAGCCCUUAAAGGUUUUGAUCUGUGCAUUGGACACUACUACUAUUGUCUUUGAUGCUUAAUGAAAGGUGAUUUUUGUUUCUUUCAGAACUUCAUUGCCCAAUUGCUCAGAUAAUCUGCACCGCAGUUCAUCCAUUGAAUUGCAUGGUUCACUUUUAGAAUGGCUGUUCAACUUUCCUGCUUGGCUAUUCACAUUGACAAGGCUCUGCUCGACCAAUGUAGAAUUAGUUCUGCUCCCCAGGACAAUGCAAAUGUCAUAGACUAAAGUGCAAAUUUCCUGGCAAUUUUUGGAAUUCAACAACAAACUGAAUAUGUACAUGCAUAUAGAGUUGGUAUAAUCUUUACCACAAUAGUUUUUUGUGUCGCGUUAAGUAACUUUCACAUGCUCGUAUGAUACAGAAGUCCCAGAUCUUUUGCCGUGGCUUGUCCUGUGACUAUUCUUCAGCAGCGCCGCAAAUACGUCAACAUACUGUAGCUAUUGAACAUUUUCAUAGCUGUAUUCAACAACACUAUGGACCUACCACUAUUCAUUUGUACAGGUACCGUUUUUACUGUCAUGCACCAGCCUUUCUUUGUCCCUCGUUGCAUAAAAAAAAACGUCUCUAUUACAAUCUGUGUAUGAUCCUCGCUUACCACGACUGCUACAGGGGCAUAGUUGUUUGGUGCAGAAAGGCAAGCUACAACUAUCAUAGAGCAAAAUCCUUACUUUAUUGACUCUGGACUUGAUCCCACCACCAGUGGAGUCCCAGAAUGCUUCACUGUGCUUGGUCAUAUCAUGCCAGAGUCUGAUUCCCCCCACACCCCCUCAGUAAAACAAAUAACAUUUUAAUAGGAUAUACUUGUAAAACAUGAAUGAACCCCUUGAUAACUGUAUUUUGGUCAAAUUCAUCAAGUUUUUUUUUUCUUUCAGUAAUUUGAUAUCAUCAGAAUCCCAAAAGUUUUUUUGUGCGUUCAGAUGUUAUGUUUGUCAACACUGAUGUACCUAGUCCAAUGCCGCUUCUGUUCUGAGCGGCCAAACAGCUGAGGUCGCCAUUGGCUUUUAAUUUCUUGUGCGCUUUAUAUGGGGCAGUAUUAUGUAAUGACAAUGCAAGUCGAUCCCUCUCUGGAGCUCGAAAUGGUCUUCAUACCAUCUUCAUCUGAAUGUAUGAUAUCGCCAGAAUAUAAGACAAGGACAUCUAGUGCAUUCGCAGUGUCCACAACACAUUUUAGCUCACAUGACGAAAGGCCACAGAUUCCGUUUAUUUUAAAAUGUUUUUUUAUAUAUCCUUUUCUGAGCGACUGAAAAUUUAUAUUGAAAAUGUACUACGUAGUAAGGAUUUUAAUAUUUCCUGGAUAUAGGCCUACCCAUGAGAACUUGGUGUUAUUACAGUGUAACUAUGAAUAAUUACAAUUACAAUAGUUGUUAGUGUAAUAAGAACCCCUUAAAAUGAAGUGUUACCACAAGUUCUCAUGGGUAGGCCUAUUUCCAGGAAAUAUUACAAUCCUUACUAUAGUACAUUUUCAAUAUCAAUUAUUCAUAGUUACACUGUAAUAACACCAUGUAAUUGCAGUCUGUAAUUACAGGGGUGAAACAGCGAACGCUUGCUACCAUGCUUGGUACAAAUGUUAAUGAUUCCGAUAGCAUCCCGAUGCACCAUAAACAGGUCAACAUUCACAAGGCUGCAGGGCCAGACGAAUAACCAGGAUGUGUACUUAGAGCAUUCACAGACCAACUGGCAAGUGUCUUCACUGACAUUUUCCACCUGUCCCUGACCGAGUCUAAUACCUACAUGUUUCAAGCAGACCACCAGAGUCCCUGUGCCCAAGAACGCCAAGGUAACCUGCCUGAAUGACUACCGACCCUUAGCAUUGAUGUCUGUAGCCAUGAAAUGCUUUAAGGCAUGUCAAGAUCUGCACAACACACUUGAAAUAAAGAUGACCUCGAACGUGUAA